GUCAAGGGCGACUGUGAGGAAAGAAGAGAGAGAGGGUUGUGGGCCUCGGAGGAGAACCCAGGCAGCCGGCGUCGGGGCGGUUCCUCGAGGCUGUCUUUUUAGAUCUGUGGGGCCCAGGAGCCCAGGGUUCACACCGCACUCCAGGAGGUGCCUGAACAAACGGGCCGACGGGGAGUAGCGGCUGGGAGACCCGCGGGCCGGGACCAUGGGCUGCUUCUUCUCCAAGAGGCGGAAGACUGAGAAAGAGUCGCAGCCCGAGGGGGAGGAGGAGCGGCCGAAGCAGUACAGCUGGGACCAGCGCGAGAAGGUUGAUCCAAAAGACUACAUGUUCAAUGGGCUGAAGGAUGAAACAAUAGGUCGCUUACCUGGGAAGGUGGCAGGGCAGCAGUUUCUCAUUCAAGACUGUGAGAACUGUAACAUCUAUAUUUUUGAUCACUCUGCUACAGUUACCAUCGAUGACUGUACUAACUGCAUCAUUUUUCUGGGACCCGUGAAAGGCAGUGUGUUUUUCCGGAAUUGCAGAGAUUGCAAGUGUGCACUAGCCUGCCAACAGUUUCGUGUGCGGGACUGUAGGAAGCUAGAAGUCUUUUUGUGCUGUGCCACUCAACCCAUUAUUGAGUCUUCCACAAAUAUCAAGUUUGGCUGUUUUCAAUGGUACUACCCUGAAUUAGCUUUCCAGUUCAAAGAUGCAGGGCUAAGUAUCUUCAAUAAUACUUGGAGUAACAUCCAUGACUUUACACCUGUGUCAGGAGAACGCAACUGGAGCCUUCUUCCUGAAGAUGUUGUAGUUCAAGACCACGUUCCUCUGCCUACUACUGAAGAGCUCAAAGCUGUUCGUGUUUCCACAGAAGCCAAUAGAAGUAUCGUUCCCGUCUCCCGGGGUCAAAGACAGAAGAGCAGUGAUGAAUCAUGCUUAGUGGUAUUAUUUGCUGGUGAUUAUACUAUCGCAAAUGCCAGGAAACUAAUUGAUGAGAUGGUUGGUAAAGGCUUUUUUCUAGUUCAGACAAAGGAAGUGUCAAUGAAAGCUGAGGAUGCUCAAAGGGUAUUUCGGGAAAAAGCACCGGACUUCCUUCCUCUUCUGGACAAAGGUCCUGUUAUUGCCUUGGAGUUUAACGGAGAUGGUGCUGUGGAAGGCUGUCAAGUCAUCGUCAACGAGAUGUUCAACGGGACCCAGAUGUUUAUAUCAGAAAACAAGGAGACAGCAUCUGCAGAUGUAGACAGCUUCUACAACUUUGCUGAUAUACAGAUGGGAAUAUAAAGUGCAUUGUGGAACCAAGGACUUGGUAUUGAGCCCUUUUCAACUUGUGUAUUAGCAAUGGCUUUUACUAAGGCUAAAAUUAUUAAAGUUGACUUUCAAAUAAAUUGUUGAAUAUUGCAUCAUUUACUUGAGGUUCGAAAUAGUUCAUUUUAAAUUAAGUAGUUCUAAUCAGCUUUACGACUGUUUAACCCACUUCUAUAAGCUUACAGUUUUGAUUCCCUGCGUAUGAUACUGUUAUUAGAAAAUGGAAGUGGCUAACAGUUCAUGAUUUUAAUCCUAAUUAAAUAUUCUUUCAAAUCUUUAAUAAUUUAAACUUUCCUCAGUGCUCCAUGAUACUUGUUUGAGAAUAUGUUCCAUUGUUUAUUUUUUAAUUUAGAUGGAUUUGUUACUAGUUGAUCAAUUAGAAUGAACCUUUGCACAUUUUUUUCAUGUAUAUAUCCAGUUAAAGAAUUGCUUCCUAGUUGCAUAAUAUGGCAAAUGAGGUUUUGUACACGGAGUUGACAUAAUACUUUGUAAAUUGAAUUUUUUAAAUUACUAGGCAUUUGAUAACCAGUUUUGCAAGUAACUCUACUAACUGAUGUUGGUAUAGCUGUUUAAAGACUACUUUGUGAGUAGUAUAAUUAUUUGAAUAAUUUCCACCCUGUUUACUUUUUUAAUACAACUGCUAGCUGACUCUUCUGCUGCCUGGUAAGAAAAGGUAUAUGUAACACUAAAACUAUAAGAAGCCCAAUCACUAGCAGUUUUCAAAAAAGUGAUUAUUGUUUUAUCAGCUCUUGUGGGCUAUUAGGAGAAUUAGAACAAAACCUUGUGAUAUGCAAAUUAAAAAGCUAGAUAAAUUUGAUUUUCAUUAUAUAUGCCACGCAUAUCAAGUAAUGUUCAAGCAUAAUAACGUUAUUUUGGUUGUUUUAAAGCAUUAUUUUCUAAAUCAACCUACCAUAGUAAUUUACCAGGAAGCAGGGGACAGCUACUUGUUUAAUAAAAGUCCACAUUCUUGAACCCAAGCCCCAGGUGCAGUCUCCAGGGAAAACUGCUCUAAAGGGUUUGUUGUAAUUGGAAGUAAUCAGUUUAGAUGUGGAGAGGUUGAUCUAGUGAGAAGCGACUGAACCUACCAUCUACAUUGCACAUAGAGCUAAUAGGACAUUAGUUUUCAUAGUCUAUUUUUAAAAAGAACAUUAAAUUUAAUUCUAUUUUGGUAAAACUAAGACUGAAAAUAGCCACUUGUAAAAAUUCCUCUUAUGAUUGUUACUAAAAAUAUAUUUUCAUGUUUAAACUGUUUUUUGGAUAUUUUCAGAUUAAUUUAUAACUACUACAUUGAAUGGUGUGUUGAUGUCCAGAAAUAAUACAUUAAAAGACUUUUCACUUUAACUUAAUAAUAUUGACCACCUACCCUGUGCCUGGCCUAGUGUUAACCAUUAGCAUUGCAUCAUUUCAAUCUUUUUCCAGGAGCAUUCUAUACUACAUAAUCAACCACUCCUUUAAAUCAAAAUGAUUUCAUAAGAUGCAAAUAAAAUUUGGUGACAGGUUUAAUAUAAUUUUGAUCAUAAUUUACAAAUGAGCUUUGCAAAUACUGCUCAGGGGGCACUAAUUUUCCCCAUAGUUAAGCUAAAUUAAAUAUGUUCCUUGUAGUCAUGAUUACAUUAUUAAACCCCAUUAUUCACAUUUAAAAUAAUCACAGUACUUUUUGUUUUUCAAAAAUAUAAUACAAUGUUAUGCAAAGCUGUAAACUGAGUUCUUUAUUUUAUCUAUGGUAUUUUUGCAAAAACUCAGGAAUAUAACAUAUAAAGGAAAUGUUAAUUUAAAAUUUUCCACUAAAUUUAGUAUCUAUUAACCAAAGCCUAAAAUUUUAUAUUCUUCAGUUAGACAAGAGCUUGUACCCAAGUUUAAUUUGUCUUUAAGGAUAGUCAUUUGUCUUCCCAAAGUUUGAUAAGAUUUUUAAAAAGUAAGUAGUGCUAUGGUUCUUGUUUCUAUAAUUCUAAACUUUGAUAGUACUUAUAGUAUACUACAUUUCAUUUCUGAAUAGCUUUUGAAUUCAUGAAAAAUUAGUAAUUUUAUUAAGUUAUACAUGUGUAAACAUUAUAUUAGCUUAUUUCUGUUAUGUUGAUAGUACUGCUUCUGUUUUUAGUACUGUUUCGCUUCUGUAUAUUUAUG